AUGGUCGCUGUCGCCACGGUCCAUUGCUGCCAUGGCCGCGUCGUCAUCACCGCGGUGGGCAUUGCCGCGCGUCCUCGUCCUCGUUGCGUGGUUACAUCGUCUGUUCAAAGUAGUGAUUCGCAGACAGGCAGACGCGGGAAGCGUGGAGCUGCGGCCGAUCUGGCGGCGGAUGGCGGCCUCCGAGUCCGGGUCGCGGGAGCCCGCGGAGAGGGAGGGGGUGGCAGUCCGUCGCCUGUCCUUAUCCCCGUCAUUGCUGCCACCAUUGUGGUCAUCAUUGCCGUGCGGUCAUCGUCCUCCUUGUGUAGUCAUCAUGGACAUAAGGCAGCAUUCAUGGACGUGCUGAUGAAUGUGUCAGACGUCAUCCCUGGCCCUCCAGAGCCUCCCGGGGCGCCUGGGGCUGAAGGGGUACAGCGGGGAUUGGAAGCUAAGCCUUCUGACUUAAAGUCUGCACUUUAUCUACUCUUCUCUGCGUUGUCUUGCUGGGUCUGGGCAUUAUGGGAGAGAAGUGUUUCCAGGAAAAAUGCCCUCCCUCCUGUUUGCUCAAACCCGCUUCUCCUCUGUCGCAGGUUCCACGGGGAAGGGUACCAGGAAGGCUAUGAAGAAGGCAGUAGUUUGGGCGUAAUUGAAGGAAGACAGCAUGGCGCAGUGUACGGAGCAAAAAUUGGGUCUGAGAUCGGCUGCUACCAAGGUUUUGCGUUUGCUUGGAGAUGUCUCCUGCACAGCCGUGCAACUGAGAAAGACAGCAAAAAGAUGAAGGUCUUAGAAUCCUUGAUCAGCAUGAUUCAGAAGUUCCCUUACGGUGACCCUACUUAUGCCAACCUUCACGAAGACUUAGACAGAAUUAGAGGGAAAUUUAAACAGCUUUGUUCAUUACUAAACGUUCAGCCGGACUUUAAAAUCAGUGCGGAAGGUUCUGGACUUUCAUUUUGAGGAUGACAGAUGAACAAAGAUGAAACACGAAGGAACAGAUGUCCGUAUGCUAAGUGCUUAAAACUGAUGAAAGGAAAACAAUGAUGGGGCAUUCAUUGUUCUCGAGGGAGCGUUCCUCUCUGAACCUGCCUGUGUCGCGUCGGUGCCCCCACAGCCUGCACAGGCCUGAGCCCGUCUGCCCUGUAGUCUGAGCGAGGCCCUGGUGGAGCCCUCAUGUCUGCCUGGAGUUGGCUGGCCUCACUGGUCCUGCUGCUGCUAGACCCAGCGGCUUCCCCAGGCUGGACUCCACACUCAGGAACCGUUUUACAGAAACGAGAGCCUAGGGUUGCCAUGUAGUAAGUGCACGGGAAGUGGUAAUGUGUGCGGUAACAUUUACUGAACCUUGGGCCGGGCCAGCACUGUGUGGCGUGCCUCCCUGUUGCAUUCGGUCCCUUCUUUAGCCGGCCAGGUGGGUCAUUCCCGUUCUCCAGGUGGGGGGCUGAGACCUGUGGUGCCGGGCCGAGAGGACAGGCCAGCCGGACUUCGGAGCCGAUGCGCUAGGUGUUGCAGGUGGGGCGGGGCUUUGCAGCAUUAACAGUGGUUAAGGGGGAGCGUGUUAAACCGGAGACGAAAUGAUGGGCGACGCUGUGUGGGAGACACUGAGGUCCUUUGGGUCGGAGUCCUUCUGUUUGUCUCACAUAGAGGGUAUCGUGCACAGGGAGAGGCCGGGGCCAGUCCUCCCUGAGCUGAAUGGUUCUCCACAUUUCACUGUGCUUCGUGUGUGUCUCCUCCCCCCACUUUACCCACGUGCCCAGGCAGAUGACAUGCCAUUCCCAUCUGCUCCUGUUGGAGGGAGUACCUCUGAAGCUGGGAGUCCGAUGAAUAAAAAGGUGACCAGGAGUCUGCUCCAGUCUUACAGUCCAUCCACAACGUAUUGUGAACUCUACUUCUGGGCGUGGGGACCGGGGGCCGGGAGUCCCUGCGGGGCUGACCAGCAUUUUCUUCCCACUUUGUGCCCUUGCCGAGUGCUGACAGAGAGGGGUCGGGGAGGGGGAGGCAGACCUGCAGUGCUGCCCUGGCACUGCCUUCUGCUGGUCCUGGGGGCGCACACCCCACCAGGGCUCUCCGGGUGGUGGGAGUCAGGGUUUCUGCCGCUUUCCUUGGUGGAUUUUGUGUCUUCUGUUAUCUGCUUUUAUAAUGUAUUAUUUUUACAAUUGGAGGAAAAAAAUAAACUGUAUUUUAAAGCAAAA